GACAGAGCCGUUCAUGGAGAGAGCCCGAGAGAGAGAGUAAGAGGAGGGCGGGAGAGAGAUGCUGGGCUGAGCCGCGAAUCGUAGCGAUAGCAGAAGACUACCAGGUCAGUCUUGAGCACAGGGUGGGACCUGUCAGACCAUGGUGGUCCCCGUGGUCUCCCCAUUCGCAGAAAUGGUCGCUGCAUCGGAGCCACUGACCCUUUGAUCGGAGUAUUUGUCACUAUAUUGAGGACGGGCUGACCACGAACGAGAAAACCCCGGAAAUCAAACAUGCUCAUGCUGUUAACUGGUCACACACAGUGCUUUUGGAUAAGGUAGCUUUGUUUCCAUAGAGGAUGAUGUACCUCCAAGAGACUUUUUAUUCAACACCCAGAUUUUUCGACAUGAAACUUUUAAAUCCAGCGCGCUCCCUCGGUGAGCACAGCGCCGCCAGUAGAGCCGCUCUCCCGAUCUUGCGCAGAGGAUUCGGUGGAACAUGAGGAGAGGACGUGAGCUACGUGCGCAUCCAGGAGUAGACGACAUGACAUGGAGAGUUUGGGACACACGGACCUUUUAAACACAAGCUCUUCUCGCGGACCCGACACUGUUUGCCCUGCGCCAGAGAGAGUCACACUGGGCUCGUCUGAGUCACACGCGAGAAUGGGUCUUAACGCUUUCUGUGCCUCGCCAGUCAGAAGCUCCACGGCAGCCGAACUAUUGGCAGGACUGGCCUCUAAAACCGUUGUUCCCGGAAUCUCAGUCUUAAAGAAACAGACAAAAACCGGUUUGCCGUGGUAUAACGGCGAGGUCGUGUCUCCUUCCGCCACCGUUGAGGGGAACUGCAGUGACCUGCUUGCCCAGACUCCCAUCACCUUCACGCAGCUGAACGGCCUUACAGAGACCCCCAACGACCCCGCGCAACCCCAGAGCAGACCACAACCACCGGAGAGCGGGGACAGGACGUCACAGGAGAAAUGCGUGUCUCUGCUGAAGAGGUCUCACGGAGACAUGCGCUUGCGCCAGAUGCUGCAUCAAAGGCGCAGAGAUGGGGAGAACCGGGACACUGGGCCAGGGCUUCUAGUGGGAGGGGGCGGAUUAGGCCCAGCAGGGGGCCCAGGAAACCCUCUCAACCUGGACAAUUUUUUCCCCCCGGAGUGCAAGAGGAGAAGGCAGGACCUGAGUGAACACAAAGCAGACACGGCCAGCGCCAGGAGCACGCGAGCGGUAGCACCCCUGGCCGCCAGCAGCACUUUCAACCAGUGCAGUGUCCUGACGCCGACGUCAACCCCGACAUUCAGCAGACCCCACCACUACAACCACCACAGCCACAGCCACAGUCACCACCCCCACCCCCACCCCCACCACCACCAGGGCCUCCUCCACGGCUUCAGCCCAGCCCCGAGUGCUCCGCCUGGGCAGCCCUCUCCACCUGAGGCCCCCUCCCUUCCCCCGGCGCUGACAGCGGGCUCCGGCUGGUCUGCGGAGCACAUCGCCCAGUACAUCGUGCCGUGCAUGAAGCACUACGGCAUCUGCGUGAAGGACCACUUCCUGGGCGCGCGGCUGGGCGAGCGUGUGCUCGACGAGGUGGAGAGCCUUAACCGCAGCGGCCGUUUCCGCGGCGGCCAGCUGGUGAGCCAGCGUGGCGUCCCCUCGCGCAGUAUCCGCGGCGACCAGAUCGCGUGGGUGGAGGGCCGGGAGCCGGGCUGCGAGGCCAUCGGGGCCCUCAUGGCGUACAUCGACGAGGCCGUCAUGCACAGCGCCGCCAGCGCACAGCUGGGAGACUACGUCAUCAACGGGCGCACCAAGGCUAUGGUGGCCUGUUACCCUGGAAACGGCACGGGAUACGUUCGGCACGUGGACAACCCACACGGCGACGGCCGCUGCAUCACCUGCAUCUACUAUCUCAACAAGGACUGGAAUGUCAAAGUUCACGGGGGCAUCCUGCAGAUAUACCCUGAAGGCCGUAAUGUGAUGGCCAACAUCGAGCCCUUAUUCGACCGUCUGCUCAUCUUCUGGUCCGACCGCCGAAACCCUCACGAGGUCAAGCCGGCCUUUGCUACACGGUAUGCCAUUACUGUGUGGUACUUCGACGCAAAGGAGCGAACAGAAGCCAAGGAGAAGUACCGAUUGGCAACGGGAGAGAAAGGUGUCAAAGUGCCUGUCACUCAAAGCAAAUCCUAACUUUGGGAAGACGUCAUUGGUGGGAUUUCUGUAGAAGUGCCUUCCCCUGCUGCUAUUGGACAAAAUGUUUGAAGGGGAUGGGCCAGAAAGAAUCCCACAGAAAAGGACAUGCCUUCUCUCCAUCCUCUCAGCCCCGCCCAGAACUCAUCUUUGACAUAUGAUUGGCUAGAGGAGACUCUUCUUCCAGCUGAUUGGAUGCCUGCAUCUGUGGAGAAGAGGGAAAAAGCAGGAAGCAGUUGCAUGGUGGGAGAAACAGAGGAGUAUGGGGAAGAGAGGGAGAGAGGGAGAGAGAAAAAGGAUAGAAUCUCUGGAGAUCCCUGGCUGAAGUGGAUGGAGACUGUUUGCCUUUGGAAGGUCAAGAGGUUAUCAUCUACAGAAACAAGAGACUUUCUUUUUUUUUUUUUUACGAUGCUCUCAGUAAUCCUUGGUUGUGUGUAAAAAGAAAUCAGACAUCAGCUUUGCUCCAGAAGUGCACACUCAUAUUUAGCAGCUAGCUUCUCACCCCUCAGAUCUCUGCAGUAGACUCAUUAACACAGACACACACAGGAAGUGAUUCUCCUCACACAGGAAGUGAUUCUCCUCACGCAUGUUUCUGUAGCCGGAUCCUCUGCUUGGCUCAAGGCUCUACAGGAAGUGACACCACCAGCCUAUAACAUGUCAUAUCCUGUUUGUGACACACACCCACACAGCCUAUCAACAGGUACCAGGUGAGCACCACCAGCCUUGAGCAGACAGGGGCCAGUCCUGAAGGAUAAACCGAACAACAGAACAAUAACAGCUGGAGAAUGGACACCUAGGACAAUGUCCCUUUACAUUUUCAAGGACCUAAAAAGUGAAUAUUAGUGACUGUGUGCACAUUUGGAGCCUGUUGCACUUUUCCAGCCGAGCCCCCCAGAGAGUGUGCUGUAGUAUUGGAGGGCUGAAACAGUAGACUGUGCUGGAGCCAUGCACAUACAGUCAUGCACAUACAGUCAUGCACAUAGGUUCACAGAACUGUGCAUGAAGGAGUGUGUGAGAGCUUGUCCCAAAAGAGGUUUAAAACAGGGUUCAUUGAAUGUAUUAUGAUGUGUGUGUGUGUAACAGAGAGAGAGAGUGGGUCUAUGUGUGUGUGUGUGUGUGUGUGUAUGUGUGUGUGUGUGUGUGUGUGUGUGUGUGUGUGUGUGUGUGUGUGUGUGUGCGUGCGUGUGCAAACAGCUCUUCGUGUGGCCUUGUCCUCGUUCCUCUGUCAGAAGAAGGGCCUUAUCCACUGGCGACAGUACAUCACUCAGACAGCAGGGAGGCUGAGUGUUGCCAUGGACGCCAGUCUGUACAACAAAAGAAGAAAAACAAAAUGGCUGUCCAUAAUACUGAUUUUUUACCGCUUCAUCUAAUGGAACAAAUCAUUAGUUCAAUUUCCAGUCCACCCACUAAAAGACAGAAGCACUUGCAUCCUUUAAAUGACUGAUAACAGUUGUGUUUUUUGUAGUUUAGUGUGGACAGGUUCGUUGGUCCUAUUAAAAAUGGAGAUUGAACUUUGCAAUUUUUCAAUACCUGGUGUCACCCACACAAGCCUACUUGGACAGGCAUUAUCAGAGCACAUCAACCAGAAAACCGGAUCGGAAAAACAUGUCAGCGCAGCGUGCUCAACAAAAACUCAACCAGUAAAUCAUUUGCUGUCUUAAUCCUAAACACUUUCAUCAAAAGAAUACAUUUCCCAGCUGGCAUUGCAGUUUCAACCAGUUCAGAAGAGGGAGGGGAACUGCCCCUGUAGCUACUGACUACUGGAGGAUAUCUGUAUGUGUAUGUGUGUGUAAGUCCCACUUCAUGUUGGUGGGGCCAAGGAAUGGACUUUCAUUUUGUUGUACAGAAAAAAAGAGAGUGUAUCAGAUUAUCAUCAGAAGAAGGAGUAAAUGAAUGCACUUUAUUGUUGAGAAAACGUGUGAAUGAGGGAGAAGGCGUGAGAGAGAGAGUGAUGGAAAUGUAAUGCUGUGGUUAAUCUGAUGAUUAAAAUGCAAUUGAAUUCAGGAUGGAUGAAAAAAAACAAAAAACAACGGAGAACAAAUCCUAUGUUCUUGAUACGUCCCCCUUGGAGUUGUUUUCUCUUCUUUCUUUGCAGUAUUUAAUUAAAGCUGGUCUGUGAUUUGGUAA